AUGACAAAUGUCUCAAAAGCUGCAGUACCAGGGGCGGAGGCACAUGUUUUCAUACCCGGCCUCCAGCCCGAGUGGCUUCUACAAGCUUAUGUUCAGAAUGCAGUGGUAGCAAGAUGGGACAUUGAAGCUAAUCACGCCAAGAUAUCAGUAGAAAACAUGCUGUUGGGACUAAGGGAAUGGCUGGAAACAGGGGUGACUGAAGGAUGGAACAGAGUGCAAGUGUGUUUUCAGGACAAGAAGAUGGCAGAUUUGUUGAAAUGUAACUCUGAGUGCCAGACCGAGGUGGUCUCUGAGUGGACAUAG